AUGGGGCCCCCUACUGACCCCGGGCCCUCGGGCAGUGCCCGAGUUUCCAAAUGGUUAGUCCGCCCCUAAGUGCCACCUGUCAGUGCUCAUCAGUGCCACGUGCCAGUUCCCAUCAGUGCCACGUGCCAGUGCCCAUCAGUGCCACAUCAAUGCCACAUAUCAGUGCAUACCAGUGCACAUCAAUGCCACAUAUCAGUGCCCAUCUGAGCUGCCUUUCAAUGUCACCCAUCAGUGCCACCUAUCAGUGCUGCCAAUCAGUGCCACCUAUCAGUGCCAGUCAGUGUCACCUAUCAGUGCGCAUCAGUGCCAGUCAGUGCAGCCUAUCAGUGCCAGUCAGUGCUGUCUAACAGUGCCAGUCAGUGCCGCCUAACAGUGCCAGUCAGUGCUGCCUAUCAGUGCCACCUAUCAGUGCCAUAUCUCAGUGUCAUGUAUCAGUGUCAUGUAUCAGUGCUGCCUUUCAGUGCCCAUCAGUGAUGCCUGUCAAUGCCCAUCAGUGCAACCUACCAGUGCCUCCUCAUCAGUGCCUAUCAGUGUCCAUCAGUGCAGCCUAUCAGUGCCCAUCACUGCAGCCUCAUUAGCGCACAUUAGUGAAGGAGAAAAAUCACUUAUUUACAAAAUUGUAUAACAAAAACUAAAAAAAAACUUUUUUUUUUUCAAAAUUUUCAGUGGUUUUUGGUUUGUUUAAGAAAAAAAUAA